AUGGGAAAGGAGAAGAUUCACGUGAACAUUGUCGUCAUUGGACAUGUCGACUCCGGCAAGUCCACGACUACCGGCCACUUGAUCUACAAGUGCGGUGGAAUUGACAAGAGAACAAUUGAGAAAUUCGAGAAGGAAGCUCAGGAGAUGGGCAAAGGCUCCUUCAAGUAUGCGUGGGUCCUCGACAAACUGAAGGCAGAGCGCGAACGUGGUAUCACGAUCGACAUUGCCUUGUGGAAAUUUGAAACCGCCAAGUUUUACGUUACCAUCAUUGACGCACCUGGCCAUCGUGAUUUCAUCAAGAACAUGAUCACCGGAACAUCACAAGCUGAUUGCGCAGUUUUGAUUGUCGCCGCUGGUACCGGAGAAUUCGAAGCCGGACUCCUGAAGCCUGGUAUGGUGGUGACAUUUGCACCAGUCAACAUCACUACUGAAGUCAAGUCUGUGGAAAUGCACCACGAGUCUCUGACCGAAGCUGUUCCCGGCGAUAACGUAGGAUUCAAUAUUAAGAACGUAUCUGUCAAGGAAUUGCGCCGUGGUUAUGUAGCUGGUGACUCUAAGAACAACCCGCCCACCCCAGCAGCAGAUUUCACUGCUCAAGUCAUCGUUUUGAACCACCCUGGUCAGAUCAUGAAUGGAUAUUCCCCUGUGCUGGAUUGUCACACAGCCCACAUCGCUUGCAAGUUUGCUGAAAUCAAGGAAAAGUGUGAUCGCCGUACAGGCAAAACUGUGGAAGAGAACCCGAAAGCGAUCAAAUCUGGUGACUCGGCUAUUGUGAAGCUCAUUCCUUCGAAGCCCAUGUGCGUGGAGGCGUAUACGACUUUCCCUCCAUUGGGUCGCUUCGCUGUUCGUGACAUGCGACAGACUGUCGCCGUCGGUGUCAUCAGGAGUGUCACCCCCAAAGAUGCUGGUUCUGGCAAGGUAACCAAGGCCGCCGAAAAAGCCGCUAAGAAGAAGUAG